CCGACGAGCGCUUGAUUGAACCAAAAUGUCAAGAGUGUCAGCCUCACAGGCAGAUGCAUGUGCAUGCCCAUACGCGAGCGAUGGCUAUCUACACAUGGUGAAUCAGACUUUCUGCGCACACACAUGAUGUGGGCACAUCCAACACGCACAAGACAAGACAAGACACGCAACGCAAGCAGGAGGGAGGUGAGGAUGAGAUGGCUGCAUGGAAGGCAUGGAUGGAUUGAUGAACGCAGGCAAGUCAGUCAGGCCAGACAGAGAGAAACGCGCAACACAGACACACGAGAAGGCGACGGACACAGAGAGGCAGACAGACAGACAGACACCAGGGACGACAAAAUGAAUGAAAGAGAGGCGGGAGAGAGAGCCACCCAGCAAGUCAUCAUCAAUCGACCCAGAGAUGAAUGGUCGUGCAUGCACACGAACUUCCCCCCCGCCCGAAAGAACUUAGAUCACACACACACGCACAGAGGGAUAAAUAGAGGCAGGCAGGCAGGCAGGCAAGCAGGCAAGCAUGCGGUCGCAUGGAGCCAGCCACAAAUAUAGGCAGGCAGGCAGGCGGGCAGCGGCAGGCUGGUAGAGGUAGGUAGGCAGCGUCGGAUCUCUCUACACAAGACCUACUUUGAUAAGAUUCCAGCCAUCCAUCCAUCCAGCCAUCCAAACCAAACGUACAGACAAAUACGAACAUGUACUAGAUGCAUCCACUGAUCGAUCCAGAACAAUCAAGUCAGUCAGCAAAGCAAGACAGACAAGAAGCAAGCCCCUCCCAUGCCAUCCCAUCUCACUCACUACACGACGGAAAAAGCGCCGCAUCCAUCCAUCCAUCCCCUCACUGACUCACCAUCCAUCCAUCCAUUUUACUCCUCCGACGCCACUCACUAUGCUGCCUCGAGGCCUCCCUGCACCCGCCCGCUCAGUCAACUGCCCUCCCUGCGUCCCUCUCUCCCCCCUCCCUGCCCGCCUCACGCCCGCGCCUGUUCCUGUUGCUCCACCAUCGCAGCCCUGGCCCUUGCCCUCUCGGCCUCCCUGGCCUCCUUCUCCUCUUUCCGCCGCCUCUCCUUCCACAUGUCCUCCUCCGCCAGACGCACCUCCGUCUCGUUAAGGGUGAUGACGAACGGACACACCUCGGGCGGCGAGAGGUCGCAGACCUCCUUGAGGAACUUGUCGCGCAUUGCAGGCCGCAUGGGGGUGAGGCCCGAGAGAUGCGCCACCAUGUCGCCCGGCCGCCAGUGGCCCUCCGGCCGGUCCUUGCGGAAGUGGAUCGUCGACCGGCGGAACGAGUUCAUCUCGCGGUUGGCCAGGACACUGACGAAGGGCGUCUGCUGCAGGAGGCCCUGCAGGUCCUGGUGCCGCUCGGCUGUCACGUUGCAGACGGCGCGGAUGGCGUCUGGGUCGAUGUGCCGUAUGUGUGUGUCGUUGGCCAGGACGUGGGUGAGGAUGGGCUGGUCCUUGAGGCCGCGCGCCUGGUAGAUGUUGUUCUCGGCCAGCAGCAGCUGCCCGCGGUAGUCCUGCUUGACGAGCACGUGGUAGGCGAGCAUCCGUGCGAAGGCCGUGUUGCGGAAGAGCAUGACGCCGUUGUUGACGGGGUAGAGGGGCUGGUAGCACUUGAGGUCGGCGGCGAUGAUGAGGCCCGUCCGGUCGGUGGUGUACCGCUCCGUCAGGUCCUCGACGCGCUUGUCAAAAUUCGUGAACAUGGUGUCCAGGUCCAGGUACAUGACCCACUCCACGCCCUCACCCUCACUAGGCCGGAGGUGCUGUGGGCCCCUGCUGCCGAAGAGCACCCACAGUGCCACGUACCGCCAGAAGUGGGGGUGCUUGCACGGCUCCUUGUCAUAGUCUGGACGGCACUCAAAGUGCUUGAAGCAGUACCCGUGCCGCGCGGCGAAGGCCUUGCGGUUGAGGUCCAGCUUCUCGGCGAUGGAGAUCUUGGCGUCACCGGCCGUCAGCAGGAGGAUGCUACAGUCGCCGCCCGGUGGCUCGUAGAGGGUCUCGAAGUUGAAGUCUUCCGGCCGUACCCACGAAGGCAGCCAGUCCUCCAUCACGGCCUCCGAUAUGGCCCAAUCGUCACGGACAUCGCCGCUGCGCCGAUAGAAAGCCGCGUGGCCGGGGUGGAACGACAGCUUCCAUGAGAGCAGCAUGAGGGCGAAGCAGGCCAGCGGGAUGAAGAGAAGAAAAGGGGCGCCCGACGAGCGGAUGGGAGGGAGCCGCAGCAGUGGGGAUGGCGGGUCGUCGUCGCUGCAGUCGAGCUGUUCGUUUGAGCCAUUCUUCUUGGGAUGCCGCUUGAGCCACAUCCAGCUCCAUGUGUGACACACCCUGGGCCACAUCGACACCAUUGCGGUUCAUAGCUCCCAAUGCCUGUCGACCCGGGGCUUAGUGUUAGGCCGGACGACCAUCCCCAUCCCCUUCUC